AUGGAAAGCCCGACCUCCACGGUGGAUUGUACUCCAUUGGCGGACAAUACGCGGUGCAAUUCACCCGUCAAACGAAUGCACAGCUGUCUGCGACAAAGGCUCGUGAUGGAAACUUCAAUCGAGCGACACAUUCAUAAGUGCAACCCACAGGCGAAUUCCCCUCUCUGGAAUACUCUGCCAGAGGAGCUUCGGCUAAUGAUAUUCGAAGCCGCUACAGCACAGUACGAGGACAUGUCCCGAGCUUAUAAACAGCACGAGAAUCACUGGAGACCCCAUCACCGAGCGCCUUUCAAGACAUGUUCGAAUAUUUUACUUACCUGCCGUCGAGCCUGGCUCGAGGCACAUGCGUUUCCAAUGAGGCAAGCCGAACUUUUGUUCUGGACAGGCUACCCGAACCAUGACAGGAUGGUCGCCCGGUGGUGGCAUAACCUCGGCUCGAGAUUGACGCGUUCCAAUCUGGAGAAUAUUCGGCACGUGCAUUUCAUGCUCCCAAUCCAUGACAUAGAUGACAUCUGCGAACCAGGUAACAGUAUCUCCAAAGCCAUAAGGUUUCUCAAGCCAAUGACUUUCAAAAUCACAAGCCGCGCAUGCGAUUGGUCGGGCUUGAGCUGGGGAGCCCCCGACGAUUAUCGGAACAAGCUGGAGGAGCAGAUCAGGCGCAAUGUCGCCCAGCUACUUCGCGUGUGUGUGAACAAUGUCAAGAAAUUUCAGCUUGCAUUGGAGAUUCAGGAAGGGAACCGCAAAUGGGAGGAGAACGAGCCAUUCUUCGACUCUGUCCGUCGUCUCCGGAGUCGAGUUCGUACGAUCCAGAAGUUUCAUGGCGACAACUCUUACGGGUCAUAUCUCGGUGUCGUCGAUGAGCCUCAUUCGUGGCGGCGGCAGCGGCCCAACACCAAUUGGACGACCGGUAUAGUCGAUCCGAAAUACCCCGAGCUGAAAUACCGCAUCCUUGAGCUGAAAUGGGUCCAUAUACGAUGCGCUAUAGACUCGGCAGGAUUAAAAAUCGAUACCCCUUCGCCCACUGCGUCUAGCCGCGCAUUCUCACCUCGAAGCAAGCGGAUGGAUCAGAACUCUCGCGACCACAGGAUCGACAACGAUCUGUCCCAUUUUCUUCGUCAGCAGGACCGCGUCCGGCAGCACUCCCAGGAGCUGUCCAAAGUCUUCGAGGCCCAGUGCCGACGAGCUUUUUCGGAGCAGCGAAUAGCGAUGGAGACCGGAAUUCACAUUGCAUCAUUACCCUCUUCUGCGGCUGAUGUCAAAGCGCUCAUUGACUUUAGCGCUGACGUGAACGGUCGCGCUCAUGACGGCAGGACGGCAUUACAUUACUUAGCUCAUCGAAACGACGAACAUAGGCUCAUCGAUCUGCUUUUGGCUGCUGGCGCAAGUAUCAACGCCGAAAGCUGCCACGGAGAGACGCCCUUAAGCACUGCGAUCACGCAUAAUAGCCAUCGCGCCCUCCGCCUGCUGCUGGAGCGAUGCUCUGAAUACAGUGAAUGUCCUCGACUAAAGGGCCCAAGUCUAUGGUUGCCGACAGCAAAGUACGCCGACAUUGAGACUAUCGGCCUACUUACUGCGACCGAUCAUCUACGACUGGGGUGCGUUAUCAAAUAUAAUCUUGGCGAUCACAUGAACAUUAUUCGCGCAAGGCUCGAUGCAGAUGAGAAGCUUGUUGAAGCGUUCCAAGAGCUCCUUGCAGUGAUCGGUCAACACGCCUCUCCUUUGAAGGAGAGCAUCGAAGGUCUAGUGGAAGCCGGCCGCCCCACGGAGCAAUUUGUAUCGCUUGAUUCUAACAGCGGUCUUUCAUUACCUGGCUCAUGGCCUGAGGAGCUCGAAAAGUCUGGAAGCAAUGAGGCGUUCGAAGCAGCCUCGUCGACUAUUUUGGAUAUGUCAUGA